CAGCAGCACAGGAGGAUGAGUUAACAGGAAGCUAUUAAUGGAUGGAGACGUGAGAGGAUAGAGUCUGGCACAUAUGCUGAAGCUCUGGAGUGACAGAGGGAAACUAAUGGGACGGGAAAUGGAGAGAAACCAGAGGACACCGACUGAUUCGAAAUAAGCGACACAUUUGCUGAAACAAACCAUGGAAAAAAAGGAUGAUAAAGUGGCUAUGUGUUUUUUCUGCUGACAACUGAUGACGCAAUAACUGGUUUUGUGGGAUGACAUGCAGAAAUGGGAAAUAUGGAGCAUAACACGCUGACACUUUGCUGCUAAUGAGUGUCGGCCAGAAAUGGGACAUAUGAACAGAAUGGGCAGGCUGUCACUAAUAAUGACUGUGUGCCAGCUGGGAGCUGCUAAGCAUGCUGGGAGAGCAGAACUGGACAGUUGACUGAGUAACAGACACUAUCAGUAACUCGGAAGACCCCAGCCACAACUGGUUGUCUCAAAAAGCAUGCUGGGACAUUGGAAACAGUGAGGAUGAACAGACGAGGCCAGAGCAGAGGGCAGAGGUUUGUGAGGGGGGACUAUUACGAGCUGGACUGGUACUAUGACGAGUGUGCUGAUGUGCUGUGUGCUGACAGAGUGGGCCAGAUGACGAAGACCUACAGUGACAUUGAUGCUGUCACUCGACUGCUGGAAGAGAAAGAACGCGACUUGGAGUUAGCGGCUCGCAUCGGACAGUCGCUGCUGAAGAAAAACAAAACCCUCAGUGAGAGGAAUGAGCUGCUGGAGGAGCAAGUAGAGCACAUACGAGAGGAGGUGUCUCAGCUGCGUCACGACCUGUCCAUGAAAGAUGAGCUGUUACAGUUCUACACCAGCGCAGCCGAGGAAAGUGAGGGGGAGUCAACCACCUCCACACCUGUGCGUCCCAGUGAAAACAAUGUGUCAACUCCAAUUUUUUUCCCCCUGGACUCCUUGCAGAAGAAACUUAAAGAUUUGGAGGAGGAAAACAAAUCAUUGCGAUCUGAGGCAAGUCAUUUGGAGACAGAAACAAUCUCUUAUGAGGAGAAAGAGCUGCAGCUUGUCAAUGACUGUGUCAAAGAACUACGUGAUGCCAACGUGCAGAUUUCCUCUCUGGCUGAUGAUCUGGCCAGAAAGACAGAGGACGCCUCCAGACAGCAGGAGGAGAUCACACACCUCCUCUCUCAGAUAGUAGACCUCCAGAGGAAGGCCAAGAUGUAUGCAGUGGAGAACGAGGAGCUGACUCAGCACUUAGGUGCAGCCAAAGAUGCCCAGCGACAACUCACUGCUGAGCUGCUAGAGUUACAGGAUAAGUAUGCAGAGUGCAUGGAGAUGCUUCACGAGGCUCAGGAGGAGCUGAAGAACCUGAGAAAUAAAACUCUACCGCUCAGCACAACGAGGCGUUUCCAUUCUCUGGGUCUGUUCCCCAUGGACUCUCUUGCAGCAGAAAUAGAGGGCACCAUGAGGAAGGAGCUCCAGAAUGAUGAUCCGGAUGUAGAAGAGCAGAGAAUGCAACCAAAGCGAGUGUUCCAGACGGUGAAGAAUCUGAACCUGAUGCGUCAGCAGCGUUCAUCCCUUGCCUCCUCCCUCAACAUUCCCGGCUCCAAUCGGACCUCAUGCCUUACCUCAGGGCGCUCAAGCAGGGUGGGCACCCCUCCCUGCAACUCCUUAUAUGGUAACGACACCGGGAGUGGGAUCAUCCUGGACAACAGGACAGGCAGCAUCAUGGAGGGUCCGGAUGACGGGUCUGAGGACUCUAACAAGCGCCCCCCUGGAACCCCAGGGACGCCGGGCGGCAGGGACCUGGAGGCAGCCCUGCGACGUCUGUCCCUCCGCCGCGACAACUACCUCUCAGAGAAACGCUUCUUUGAGGAUGAGAGGGAGAGAAAGCUGGCCUACCUGGCCAAAGAUGAAGAAAAGGGGGGCGAGGGGAGCAGCGGGGGCCCGGGAACGCCCACAGACAGCCUGCUGUCGAUGUGCUCACAUCCCUCCUUCGGAAGCGUCUGGUCAGGGUACUCUUUCACAGCCAGGUCCUACCUGCCGGAUAAGCUGCAGAUUGUAAAGCCGCUAGAAGGCUCUGCGACUCUCCAUGCCUGGCAGCAGUUGGCUCAACCCCACAUGGGCGCUUUGCUGGAUCAUCGGCCCGGUGUGGUCACAAAGGGCUUCCGCACUUUAGAGCAGGAUGAACAGGAAGAGGGCUGGCAGCUGGACCAACCAGAGGAGGACGAAGUGUCAUGUGACUCCUUCUCUGUCUUGUCUGGCGAGAGUUCGGCUCCCAUGGACAUGCUGCGCUGUACCUCUUCUCCCCCCGUCUGCUGUAACAAAACUGAAGACAAUGAUGAGAAUAGCCAAUCAGAAACAUUGCGGGGAGACAUGUGCAGGACUCGAGAAGCCAUUCACAUAAAAGAUGGACAUGUUGCAGACACGCCCCUUCCCUUCUCCUGCUCCUCUUCUUCCCCUCUCCCCUCUUCUUCAGAGAUGAAUGGGCAUGUGGAUCUUAAGGAGCUCCAGGCCCAACAGGCCGCCCCAGUUGACCGUCUGCCUGUAAACUUCCCAGGGAAGUGUAUCUCCCAUACUAGCUCUACAUACACCUACACCACCUGCAGGAUUCUCCACCCCUCUGAUCAGCUGACCUCUGUAUCCCAAAGCUCAGCUCUGUCUUCCUGUCAGAGCAGUGCUUAUAUCAGCACCCCUACCACCACCACCUCCUCUACACCACAUACACCUUCCUACACCCCCUGCUGCACCCCACGCCGCCUCUCCCUAUCCCUCUCACUAGCCGAGUCUUCCACCAACCUCCGAGACUCCACCAAGACCACCAGCACGUCCCUGGGCCUGGUGCACCUCCUGCUGGAGCAUGGGAUCUCCGCCUCAGUGUACGACCCGUGCAGCUGGGACCGGGGUUUGGACACCAGCGGCGCUUCGACACCGGUGAGAGGAGCACAAACACGGAGUAUCGCCGAUUCUCCCGAGCCGGAACGCAGGCGAGUGUUGAAACGCCCGGACUCCCUCCUCCUGCAGCCCUCCACCCCGCCCAACUCCCCUCGCUCCAAAUCUGCCUCUUCUACCAACACCCGGCCAAUUUUUCAGUUCAGCCCUUCCACUGAGGACCCGCCGUUUUUCGACACCUUCCUCGCUUCAAAGCCAGCUCGCACCAUUCUGAGGGAGGUACUGGGGGAGGCGGAGAGGGAGCGAGCAGGGGACACAGAUGAUGAGAGCCAAUCGGAGAAGCUGAACCUGCGACUUGUGGACAAACUGAAACGCUUCCGCACGCUCCCCCAUCAUGCUGCUUCUGCUUCAUCUGGGAGUACUUUGCUAGCCCCCUUUGGUCCAACUGGACUGGGGAACAGUGCACUGGGCGGGGGGGGGCUUCCAGGACUGAACGCUGGGCUGAGGAGGAAUCGAAGCUAUCCGGCCAUGGUGGGGGCCAGUAUGGCGAUGAAGGACCCAGGAGGCCCCCCGAACGCAGAAAUAGUCCUACCACAUAAGAUGCAAACCCCACACACACUGUCCACACAGGAAACCAAUUACACACAGGCAAAACACACACCACAGACUCUACAGGAAGUGGAAACAGUCACAAUGCAGACUUUAAAGCAGAGACACGCCCGGCCCAACGACGGGCUGUGGCAGUUAAUAGGGAACGACCAACCCGGUGACGAUUACAGUGGGACAUAAAGGGAAGCGCUCAGUGUGUCCACUCACACACUGAGACGAGCAUUUUAUGUGCACGCGUACAACAUUGCAAAGCCAAAUACCCCUACAUGACUGUAGACAUCCUGAAGGUAGUGUGAUGAACAGAGCAGUCCUCAAACACUCAUCUGUACUCCUAACCAGUCCAAACUCCGACUCAUUUAUUUACAAUCAGUAGACGUGAAAUGAGAUGCUGCCGUGUCUGACACUGUAACACUGUGUUCUACUCACAAACUGUCAGAGCAGACUCCUAAUGCUGUGUUGCCUUCCUCUGGGUCCAUUGUACUCCAUUUAUGUUGUACAUGCAAUAUACUGUCAUACAAGGUAUAUUAUUAAAGACCCAAUCUGGUGAAAGUACUUCACAGCUUCUCAUUUUCAUAUUCAACCUGAUUGAGUAUAAUUUAGAAAAAAUUAUAUUCAUUUAAAAUGUAAUGUACUGGCCAGAAUAUAACAUCAGUUAUGAGGAAGUGGUGAGAUGUAUAUUUCAGGACGACACAUUCACUGAGCAGAUGUUACUGUUACUGCACUUUAAAAAAAGUCCUGUGUCAUCAUGUUGGGAUGCUAGCAAGUUUGUACACUGAAAAUCCAAAAUCUAUUGAAAGCAUCUUGUCUGUACUCUUUGAAAACAUAUUUGAAAAAGUGCAAAUGGUUAUUUUUGGAGUCAGUCUACAAUUUCGAGCUUGAAGCUAAUGCUAAAUCAAACCAGGAAGAGAAAAAAAAACCCUCUCUACCAUUGGGAAGAGGCUUUGCUGUAUACGGUUAAAUUCCCUCCCUUGAUGCAAACCAUUGUCAUCUUAUAUUCGAGCCGAGGUGACAUUUUUAAACCCUUAAUUGCACUGGAAUAAAAUGGAAGAUAUAUUGUCACAUGUAGAGGUAUCGGCACUAGAGAUCGUUUUCUACCAGCAACUCUUUUUUUCUCCCGCUUAAUAUAUGUAUACGAUUAAUCCAGAUUGGGGCUUUAAUGUGUGAUCUAUUCUUACGUGCCUAAAAUCAUACUGUAUGUCAUUGUACAAUUUGAUACCUUUAUGAUUGGAAUGCAGUAGAGAGAGUUAAUGAGGAUGCUUUUAUUUUUUGGCCUUUUGUUUUCAUCUUCUAAUGGGUUUGAGUCGAUGUUCUCAUCCACAGGGACAUGUAGCACAUACACAGUAAUGCAGACAGCAUUAACAGGUACAGCUACAAACACUCGCUGGUAAACACACGCCUGGUAAGCACUGUGACGAACACACAUUUGCGUCGGAUUCACUUCCCCCCCAUGUUUCCUUUAACCUGGAUCACAUGCAUACAUACUGACAGCUUGUCAUUUGUUUUGUCAAAAUCAAGCACGUGGGUUUAAAAAAUGAGCAAUAUAAAACACAUUUGUUUCUGAAUGUAACUGUAAAUGGAGUGACUUGAAAUAUCUGAAUGUUGGUUUUGUGGUGCGAGAUACUGCUUGCUAAAGGGAAGUUUUUUUUAUCACUGACCCAGUUCCAGUGUCCACCCUCGGGAUGCCCAAACAUCUAGCGUACUCACUGCAAUUCUCAUUACACUAUUUUAUGAGUUUCAUUAUUGAAAUGUGAUGGAUAUUAUGCUGAUCAGGUAUCAGUUUAGUCUGAAGGGAAACAUUGGGAUUGGGCCACUGUCGAGUCAGUGAAUGGAUUUUUGAAACUGUGUGGCUCUGAUGCUGGCAGUGAUCUGCUGAAAUCCUUAAUAAUUAAGGAGUUAAACUAGCAAUGUUAAUGAGUGGGAGAUUAUAAAUUAUAUUUAUUAAACUUGGAUUAUUAGAAGCACGCAUAUUACUGAAUGUCCAUUGUACAUGUUAAGGGACUUUUGCAGAUUGUAUUUAUAUUUUUAACGGUCGCACUGACAUUUUGAAUCGAUGUUUAACAUUUCACUGGCGCUAUUAAAAUUACUUCAUAGAAACAUUUCUAUGGCACAUUGUCCAACGCUGCCCAAUAACUUCCCAACAGUUGGAAAGGCACAUUUUACAGUAUUUAUGAUACCAAGUGCUAAGACUGAAGAAACGAGGAGCUGGUGUGUGUGUGUGGGUGUGCUUGCUUUUCUGUGUGUCCACUGAAUCAUCUGAAUGUAAGUUAUGACAAACACUAAUCUGCUGAAGGGCCAUAUAUUUGUGUACAGGAUGUUGAUUUCUCUUCAGUUUCUGCUGACCUCAGACAGAGGGCUAUUACUACAUUGUAAAUGUAUGCAACACAUGUAUUCAUGCGUACUUUUUUUUUAAAAGAAAUGCAUACCAGUUCAACAAAAACACAGGGACUAAGUUGUUCAUGAUUAGUGAAGCAGGAAAUAAACUUUUCUGUUCAGGGACUGAUGUGUUCUAUUCUACAGAACAGACUGUGCCGUCAAUAAAAAUAAAAACAUGAAGACUGA